AUGAGCGGCCGCGUCGGGGACCUCAGCCCGCGGCAGGCGGAGGCACUGGCCCAGUUUCGGGAGAACCUGCAGGACGUGCUGCCCUCCCUGCCCUCCCAAGAUGACUAUUUCCUCCUGAAAUGGCUCCGAGCACGCUGCUUCGACCUGCCCAAGUCGGAGGCGAUGCUCCGCAAGCACGUUGAGGUCCGCAAGCACAUGGACGCCAACAACAUCAUGGCCUGGGAGGCCCCCGAGGUGAUCAGGAAGUACAUGUCGGGGGGGAUGUGCGGCUACGACCGGGAGGGCAACCCCGUCUGGUACGAGAUCAUCGGGCCGCUGGACGCCAAGGGGCUGCUCUUCUCCGCCUCCAAGCAGGACCUGCUCAAGAACAAGUUCCGCGACUGCGAGCUGCUGCGGCUAGAGUGCGAGCGGCAGAGCCAGAAGCUGGGCAAGAAGGUCGAGGUGGUGCUGAUGGUCUACGACUGCGAGGGCCUGGGCUUGAAGCACCUCUGGAAGCCAGCCGUGGACACGUACGGGGAGCUUCUGUCCAUGUUUGAGGAGAAUUACCCCGAGUCUCUCAAGCGCCUGUUUAUUGUGAAAGCCCCCAAGAUCUUCCCCGUGGCCUACAACCUCAUCAAGCACUUCCUGAGCGAGGACACCCGCAAGAAGGUUGUGGUCCUGGGAUCCAACUGGAAGGAGGUCCUGCAGAAUUACAUUGACCCCGAGCAGAUCCCGGUGGAGUACGGGGGCACCCUGACGGACCCCGACGGGGACCCCAAGUGUACGAGCAAGAUCAACUACGGGGGGGACGUGCCCCAGCACUACUACGUGAGGGACCAGCUGGCGCAGCAGUACGAGCACACGGUGGUGGUCAACCGCGGCUCGUCCCACCAGGUCGAGUACGAGAUCCUCUUCCCCGGCUGCGUCCUCAGGUGGCAGUUCAGGUCAGAGGGAGCCGACGUGGGUUUCGGGGUGUACCUGAAGACGAAGAUCGGGGAGCGGCAGCGGGCGGGCGAGAUGACCGAGGUCUACCCCAACCAACGCUACAACUCCCACAUGGUGCCCGAGGACGGCUCCCUCACCUGCUCCACGCCCGGCAUCUACGUCCUGCGCUUCGACAACACCUACAGCUACCUCCAUGCCAAGAAAGUGAGCUACAGCGUGGAGGUGCUGCUGCCUGACGCCGCCUCCGCCCAGCAGAUCCAGAAGCUGGGGGACAAGCUCAGCGAGGUGGCCCUCAACCACAGCCCCUAGCAACGGCCCCCCCCAAAGCCUGGGGUUCCCCCCACAUCACAGGGGACCCCGAGGUCCCAUGGCUGGGCAGGCGGCUGCUCUG